UCAAACUCACUCUCAUUAUUUCUCUCUCUCACAUAAAGCACACAUUUUCUCUCUCUACUCUAUCUCUCUCUCUCUCUCUCUCUUACUCUGCUUUGUGUUUGUUGUCAACGAAAAUUCCCAAAUUUCUCUGCGAUUUCCCUGUCUUUUGCCGCUGAAAUUCCCAAAAACAUGCUCUCACCUGCAUGAUCUUUCUGUAUCCUCUAAUUUCCCCCCUCUCUUUCUAUUGCCUUUUGCUCCAAUUCAUCGCCGACGGAUUUGGGAAUGCUUGAAGCUGUGGAGAGCUCCGUCAAUGGCGCCUUCUCCCACCUCCACAGUAGUGGUGACAGUAGUGAGGAGGAGCUUUCUGUUCUCCCUCGUCAUACCAAAGUCGUUGUCACCGGAAACAAUCGUACCAAAUCGGUGCUCGUUGGACUUCAAGGCGUUGUUAAGAAGGCUGUUGGUUUGGGUGGAUGGCAUUGGCUGGUUCUCACGAAUGGCAUUGAAGUUAAGCUACAGAGAAACGCCCUCAGUGUAAUUGAAGCACCAACCGGCAAUGAGGAUGAUGAUGAUCUCGAAUUUGAGAACUUACACUGGAAUGGAUCCGAUAUGGCAUCUGAUGACACUCUAAAGUCCCAUAGACCGAGACAAAGGGCACACAAAUUGUCGGGAUCAUCCCUCAAAACAAUCAGCCGAUCGUUCUCAUAUGAAUCACAGUCGAAGGGAUCUAUUUCCACCCCCCGUGGGUCCAUGAAAGUCGACCUCGGUAAACUUGAGAUGUCUGCCUUGUGGAGAUAUUGGCGACACUUCAAUCUUGUGGAUGCUUUUCCUAACCCAUCAAAAGAGCAGUUGGUGGAUGUUGUUCAAAGGCAUUUCAUGUCCCAGCAACUAGACGAGUUACAGGUGAUUGUUGGGUUUGUCCACGCUGCAAAGAGACUCAAGACUGUCUGCAAAUGACGAGUAAAGGAUGUAACACCAAGUUCAAUAUUCAUCCAUUUCUAACAAAAAGAGAAAAAAAAAAAAAAAAGAAAAAAAACACCGGUACCACCCGAAAUUCCCACUUCUUCCCCACUACAUAUAUUAAUGUUCCCUGUAAUAUAGGUAUCGUGGCUUGUUAUUGAGGUAUUAUUACCCUUUUGUUAGUGUAAUUAUGGUAGGUAAAUAUAGUAUAUAAUUUAUAUAAUGUACGCACGACUGGCUAAUAGACCUACGAAAACUGAGAGAAGUCCUUACUGACUUCAUUUUCCUAAACCUCGAUCGAAUGCUGACUUGGGAGAGUGGGUAUCUUGAAAUGAAUGUGUAUAUUCUUUGAA